GUCAAAUGUGAGUUCCGGUGGCCAUUUCUUUUCCAAUCGCGGUGCAAGAAAACGUGGAUCGCUGAUUGUGUUUUCGUGAAAAUACAAAAUGGGUAUCGAUAUUUGUCAUAGAUAUGACAGGAAAACUCGCCGCCUGGAGCCUAAAUCUCAGGACGUUUACCUGAGGUUGCUGGUCAAGCUCUACAGAUUCCUGUACCGUCGUACCCAUAAGAAAUUCAACAAAAUCAUCCUUCGCCGCCUCUUCAUGAGCAGGACCAAUCGUCCACCAAUUUCCCUGCAGCGUGUUGUGCGCUUCUUGCAGGACAGCAAGAGACCCGAGAGCAUUGCUGUUGUUGUUGGCUCCGUCACUGAUGACAAGCGCGUGCUGACCAUCCCCAAGGUGCGUCUCUGUGCCCUGCACGUCACUGCUUCAGCCCGUGCUAGGAUCCUUGCCCAAGGUGGCGAGGUGCUGACUUUCGAUCAGCUGGCUCUCCUGGCCCCAACUGGGAAGAACACGAUCCUUCUCCAGGGUAAGCGUACAGCUCGUACCGCCCAUAAGCACUUCGGUAAGGCUCCUGGAGUCCCACACUCCCACACCAGGCCGUACGUGCGCUCCAAGGGACGCAAGUUCGAACGCGCUCGUGGUCGCAGACGCGGUUGCGGAUACAAGAAGUAAAGAAAAAUCUGUGGCUGAUGCUCCGGAAUUUCAGAAUACAAAGUUUCUGGACAGAUAA